AUGGAUCAAACUGGUAGCCCUAAAGAUGGUUAUCCUCCCUUUCCGACAGGAAAAUCUCUUGUGGAAACUACGACUUUACAGCCAUUUCCUCACUUAACUUCCUCAACUAAUCUAUCGAACCUCGAUUAUCUACGAUUAGUGCUCACUUCAAGAGUUUAUGAAAUUGUUAAAGAGACACCUUUACAAACGGCCGUAAAUCUUUCAGCAAAACUUAAUAAUAAAAUAUUAUUAAAAAGAGAAGAUUUGCAUGAAGUUUUUUCUUUCAAGAUUAGAGGAGCGUAUAACAAAAUUGCACAUUUAAAUGAAGAAGAAAGAAAAAGAGGGGUCAUUGCCUGCUCUGCUGGUACGUUUGAUCAGUAUGACGCCAGAAAUCAUGCCCAGGGAGUUGCAAUGUCAGCAAAGCAUCUCGGUCUUCCCGCGACUAUCGAUGAUCGACGAUUUAUGGCCACUUGUUUUCCUAUAACUGAUGUUAAUGCAAUUAAUGUCAGUGCUACUCCAAACAUAAAAUGGAAAAAUGUAAAACGUUUAGGUGCCGAAGUUGUUCUUCAUGGAAGUGAUUUUGAUGAAGCUAAAGAAGAAUGUGCUCGUCUAGCUAAACUCCAUCAUUUCACUAACAUUCCUCCAUACGAUGAUCCGUAUGUUAUAGCCGGUCAAGGAACUAUAGCUAUGGAGAUUCUUCGUCAACAUAAUUUAAAUGAAAUUGACGCCAUAUUUGCAUGUGUAGGUGGUGGUGGUCUGAUCUCGGGUAUUGGUAGUUACGUGAAAAGGUUAUGUCCCAAGAUUAAAAUUAUUGGAGUUGAAACUUGUGAUGCUAAUGCGAUGACUUUGUCGUUGAAAGCAAAAAAACGGGUUACACUUGAUGAAGUUGGUUUAUUUGCUGAUGGAGCUGCUGUUAGAGUUGUUGGUGAGGAGACUUUUAGGGUGUGUAGUGAAAUUAUAGAUGAAAUGAUUAAUGUUACCAAUGAUGAGAUUUGUGCGGCUAUUAAGGAUAUUUUUGAAGAUACUCGAUCCAUUGUUGAACCAGCUGGUGCGCUUUCUGUAGCAGGUGUUAAAAAAUAUGUUGCUGAAAAUAACAUUACAGGUGGUUGUUUUGUUGUUGUUACAUCGGGUGCAAAUAUGAAUUUUGAACGUUUGAGAUUUGUUGCUGAACGUGCUAAAUUGGGAGAACGUACUGAAGCUUUGUUUUCGAUUAUCAUACCUGAACGUCCUGGAAGAUACUCUGAUCCUGAAAAAGCAUGGAUUUACAUGUCGUUUGAAGUUGAAAACCGGGAGAAAGACCUUCCCUCUCUUCUAGAAAAACUAGAAGCUAACGGAUUUUUUGUUCAAGAUAUUAGCGAUAAUGAAAUGGCUAAAAGUCAUGCAAGGUACCUAGUAGGAGGAAGAAGUAAAGUCGAAAACGAACAGUUAUUUCGGUUCGAAUUUCCUGAACGACCAGGAGCAUUGAAAAAAUUUCUUUCUGGACUUCGUUCAGAUUGGAAUAUUUCAUUAUUUCAUUAUCGAAAUCAUGGUUCAGGUACGUUAAGUUAUAAAACGGCCAACGAGGAUCCGCAAUCAACGCGAUUCAUGAUUGAAAGCAUGUCGUCAUCAGCAGCAUCAUCUGGUGUUGUUAGUGAUAACGAAAGUGAAACGAGUAUUAAUUUACUCGGUAAUGAUUAUCUUAUUUUUAAUGAUAACUAUUCCACUACUAUUCACGGUGUUGAUAAAACAGAUAUAGGGAAAGUGUUGGUUGGAAUUCAAGUACCACCUCAAGAUUCAGAAGCGUUCGAGAAUUUUAAGAAUCAACUUGGAUAUCAUGUUAUUAAUGAAACUGAAAAUCCUGUUUAUAAACAAUUUUUAAGAUAUUGUCAAGAUAAUAUAUAA